CCCCCUACGUGGAGACCAGGAGGUUGCGCACGCUCGGCGCUGGAAGCUUCGGCAGCGUGGUCCUCGCGCGCGAACCCGGUGACGGCGCGUGCGGUCGCGGCGUCGACGUAGCGCUGAAAGUUUCCAGGGCGGGCGGGACUUCGAGGCAGGACAUCCUGUGGGAGGCAGCUUGCCUGCGCACAGUGGCGCACGCCAACGUCCUUAGGCUCAUCGACGUCCGUGCCUCGACGCCGGGCGGGGAGCGCGACCCCGACGACCUGCCUAUCCUCGUGUUCCCGCCAGCGGACUUGGACCUCCAGACCUUCCUCGGCAGGAGGCCUGGCGGCGUCCUGCCGCCCGAGCUGGCUCGCAGGAUGAUGCGGCAGCUCGCAGCUGCCCUGGCUCACGUCCAUGCUCACAACAUCAUCCACCGAGACGUGAAGCCAGAGAACUGCUUGAUCUUCUUGGCCAGCGAGGUCCACGGGGAGUUCUUGGGGCCUUCGCUGGCGUUGGCGGAUUUUGGCACGGCUCGGCGUUGGUCUGGGGACCCGCGCCUGCGCCUCCGCAACAAAACCCGCGCCCCGAAGAGGGAGGAGCCCAUGACGGCUUUGGUGUGCACCUGCUGGUACAGGCCUCCAGAGCUCUGGGCGGCAACCAUGGGCGAACUCGAGAUGGACCAGGAGUGCGAGGAGACGACGCCCUACGGCCCCAGCCUGGACGUCUGGUCGUUCGGGGCCGUCGUCUACCAGGUGCUGUCAGGGGUGACCCUCGUUCGUCGAGCGGGGAACGGCGCAGAGAUGGCGCGGGCAGUGGCGGACGUCAUCGGCGCGGCCCCGGCGAAGGGCCCUUCUGCCUUGACGUGCACUCGGAACCCGCGGUGGCAGAGCUGGGCGCCUGCAGCGAUGUCAGCUGUCCCGAGCAGGCCGCUGCCCGAGUCAGGUGCUGAGUGGGAUUUGGUGCGGACGUGCCUCCGGUGGGACCCUGCUGCUCGCGUGACGAUGUCGUCCGGGAUGCUGUGCGCGUGGUUCGGAGGGCGAGUCGCUACUCCAGAGGCGGCGCCGACGUCCGAGCCAGAACCGCGCGCUGAUGCCUCGACGCUCAGCUCGACGCCGACGGCGCAGACACCCACGGAGAUCGCGCGCGCGUGGUUCGAGCCUGACCUCUCGCCUCCUAAGAAGUUCGCUUCGGAGGUCAAGUGCCGUUGCAAGGGGCAUUGCCGCGUGUACAGCCAUCGCAAGAGUGGCGAGUGCAACUGCACCGAGCUUGUCGUCGGCACUGGCUACUGCGCCACGUGCGUAUGCGUCGUCGCGGGGUGCGGUCGCCCCAGGCUCAAGUCCGACUACUGCAGCCAUCAUAAGAGAGUGUUGGACGCGGCUCCUCUCCGCGUGCAGCUGGCCGUGGCUGCAGUUCCAGUCACGCCCCUGAUGAUGCCGUGCGACGUCGAGGAUUUCGUCGCCACCAGCGUCAUCCUCCAAGACGACGUCGCUAUGCUCAUCUUGGUGGCUGCUAUCAAGGAGCCCUUGGCAGUGGGAGCGCUGGUGGAGGCUUGGGAGCAGCUGCCCGCGCAAUACUCGGGCUCAGACUUGCGAUCGGCAAUCUUGCGCGCACUCGCGGUGGCGGACGGAGCCCCCCAUGCUGCGCAGCUGACCCAGCUGCAUCGCCAAGGAGUGCAGCGGUUCUUCGGCCUCAUCACGACUGCCUCGAACUUAGGGGUCAUCCAGAGGGCGAAGAAGACGGACGACGUCCGCCCCGAGCAGCAGGCGUACCGCCUCGGCUCGAUGAAGACCUUGUACGUCGUGCGCGCCCCGUCGGAGAGCUUGUGCGACAAGUUCCUGGAGGCCACUCGCGAGGAGGAGCGCUCCUUGGCAGCGCCCCCGGCCGCAGGCGCCUCGAAGCCCAGCGCCCUCGACGCAGGUGCCUCGACGCCCUGCGUCCUCGACGACCUAGUCGACUACGGAUCUCGGCGGGCGAAGGCGGCGUUGCGGCGGAUCGGCACCAAGAGCGGAGCCUUGCCCUUCCACGCUGAGGACGCCAGCGGGUACUGCAUCGACUGGCUCACGAGGAAGAUGGUGGCCGCCCGCCUCAUCCGGCAGAACCUGCACCAGAGCGACGACUGGAGCCGCGUGGACAAGGCCUCGCUGCAGAGCAUGAGCGCGGACUCGAAGGAGAACCUCGAGAGUGUCCCCGACGCGUGGACGGCCUCCGAGAUAUCGUCUUUCUUCUCUGGUCGCGCAGACUGGGGUCUGUUCGCCAGCGCGUUUCCUUGCCUCUGGGGGGAGGUCGCGGAUGAGCUGAUCAAGAACGGGGCCAGCGAUUACGACCGCGCCCAAGCGAUCCAGCUCAUCAAGUCUGACACGUUCCUGCAGGUCGUGCGGACCUUUCGGGAGACCGAGGGCAUCGCUCCCCAUCCUAUGGUCGCUUACGAGCUCGCGCAGAAGCAGUCCGAGAAGCUCGCCCUCGCCUGCGAACUCGCCCUGGAGUCACCGCGUGCCUCGAUGCCGCGGAAAAAGUUGAAGGCUUAGAGCGCCCGGGUGGCCCGUGCUACGGCGAUUCUGAUAUGCGCCGCGGAGCGGGGUCCGCGGACAGGGGUCGAUUCGCCAGCCGUCACGAGGUAAAAAAAACCUUCUCGCUCCUCCUCUUGCUCCUCCUCCUUCUCCCCUCCUUUCUCCCUCCCGCUCUGGCCGUGCCGUUGCCUCGCC